GUGGUAGUGGUACAGUGUCAGCCAGGCAGCGCGGCAGAGUUCUAGAGCACCGCGAAGGAAGUGGGCUUCGUUGGUAUUGGUAGUGGUUAGUCAGUGUCGGUAGCGGUACUGGUAGCGGAUGGUGUGGUGGUAGUCGAACGCGCGGCGCGGCACACUUCGCGCCUCUCUUUUGUAAAGUUCUCUCUUCUCUUCUCCUUUCGUAGAUCCAGUGUGUGUCACGCACGGCUUGCAGGUGAAACAGAUUUUCUUAUUUUCAUUAUUCACAAUUCAGUUUUCUCUUUAACAUCGUGUAUACACAAGGAUUGAAUCAGUAAAUCGAAGAGCGUUCGAGGAUGGUUCGAAGAUAAUUUAAAAAGAGAAAGACGUCUUUUAGUGUAACGAGUGCCUUUUCGUCGUUCGGACAUCCGUUAUACUAACUCGGACCGUCAAAUUGUAUCCGCUGGCUACACGUGUCUGUCUGUCUAUUGAGUACACCUGAACCGAUGGCAUACUUGGGAAAGGCUCAAAUGUAUUCGAUCGGAUACGCGAGUGACGGCCUCGGCCCUGCUACCGUUAACAGUGUACCAGAUUCUCAAUGAAAAAGAAAAGACACGUCUGAGGAAUUCAGAUUUCUCUCCGCCAUUGAGUUCUCUUUCCUUAUCUUUUUACGUUCGUCGCAACAAGUGCCUCUUCUUCGCAACCAUUGUAAUUUGGAUUUUACGAAAUUAUUCCACUUGGAUCUCUUCGAUCUCGAGGCCAGUUUCCUUCAACGUUAACUACGACUCGAUUCUCUCUCUAACAGACCAGAAAAAUGUACACGCCGAUCUUCCUAUUCGUUUUCACCCUGAGAGCGUUUCUUGGCGAGACCGAGGCCGCCUCACAGCAUGUUAACAAAGAUCUUGCAUCGUCAGGCCACUACAAUGCCCGUUUUCACGUAUACGAAGAGCAACCGUACGGUAUCGACUUCACUUAUCACAAUUACGAGCAAAUGAGCCAAUUUCUACGCACGACCUCGCUUAGGUUUCAAAAUCUUACCGCCUUGUACUCCAUAGGAAAAUCCGUAAAAGGUCGAGAUUUAUGGGUGAUGGUAGUGUCUUCCUCGCCGUACGAGCAUAUGAUCGGCAAGCCGGACGUGAAGUACGUGGCGAACAUACACGGGAAUGAAGCUGUGGGUCGUGAAUUAAUGCUGCAUCUGAUUCACUCUCUGGUGACGAACUAUGGAACGGAACCGUACAUUACAUGGCUUUUAGAUAACACCAGAAUUCAUAUACUGCCAUCGAUGAAUCCGGACGGUUUCGAAGUAUCGAAGGAAGGAUACUGCGAGGGUGGCCAAGGCAGGUACAAUGCGCGUGGUUUCGAUUUGAACCGUAAUUUCCCAGAUUACUUCAAACAGAACAACAAAAAGAGCCAACCGGAAACAGAGGCCGUGAAGGAAUGGGUAUCCAAAAUCCAAUUCGUUCUAUCCGGAAGUCUACACGGCGGAGCUUUGGUCGCCAGUUACCCGUUCGAUAACACGCCCAAUUCGCGAAUAUGCCGAUCAGCGCCGUUAUGUGCAGUGUUUCAGAGUUACACAUCGGCGCCCAGUAUUUCGCCGGACGACGACGUGUUCCGGCACUUGUCUUUGAUCUAUUCCCGUAAUCACGGAUCCAUGUACCAAGGAUUACCUUGUUCGCCGUCUCAGCCAGGUUUUAAGAACGGUAUCACGAACGGUGCCCAAUGGUAUCCGUUGACCGGCGGGAUGCAGGAUUUCAAUUAUGUUUGGAACGGAUGCAUGGAGAUCACAUUGGAACUUUCUUGUUGCAAAUAUCCACCCGCAUCCGAUUUGCAAUUCUACUGGGACGAGAAUCGCGCUGCUCUGAUCAAAUUCUUGGCGGAGGCUCACAGAGGUAUCCGCGGAUUUGUCGUCGACGAGAACGGAAAUCCGAUCGAGAGAGCGUCAAUUAAGGUAAAAUCGCGUGACGUUAGCUUUCUCACGACGAAGUACGGCGAAUUUUGGAGAAUUUUACUGCCAGGAGCGUACAAAUUAGAGGUAUACGCAAACGGAUAUCUUCCUCGUGAAAUCGAAUUUAGGGUAGUAGAACAGCAUCCGACGUCCUUCAAUGUAACGUUACUUAGAGCAAACAGACAUCCGGGAGACGAGGAACCCGGAGUAAAUUUUUAUAACGGAAACAGGGACCACGUAAACCGGGACCACGUGAUACACUUCAGACCCCACUCUUCCGGAACCAAUACGGCAUCCGAGGCAAACGGUGGAAUCUUUUCCUCCCUCAGCAACGGGUUCAACUCCUUCGUUAGUAACUGGUUCGGGUGAUUAAUUCUCAUUUAGCGGACGGUUUUAAUGCUGUUCCUUGUUGAAAUUAAUAUUCUGUUCAGUAGACUGCGAAUUUUCAUGCAUUUAUGAGAACGUUUG